GUUCCAGAAGGUAAAUCUGUUUACUGACAAAUAUUUAUCUGGUUUAGCUUUCAAAACUUGAACUUCUUUACCUAUUAACAUCAGCUAAAUGAAAAGCAAUGCCAGCGUGAACAGACAACAAUUUGACUCCAGCCAAUUUGAUCACCUGAGUACCUGUGCUUGAAGUUUAUCAUGACUGACUUCAAGGGACAAAGGGAGAAGCAGCAGGAGGUAGCGCUCACUAUACCAGUCCAAGGAACUUGCAACCCAAGCUCCAUGGAGGAGGGGCAGCUGCCCUACCCGACCCUGGCUCCUGUGGUAUGCUUCGGCUUGAAACAAACCACAAGACUCCGUAACUGGUGUCUGAAAAUGACCUGUGGCCCGUGGUUGGAUUAUGCGUCUAUACUGGUGGUGCUGAUCAACUGUGUGACUCUGGGCAUGUAUGAGCCCUGUGAGGAGACAAGCUCCAACAUAGAGGUAUUUGAUGUUUUUAUCUUCGCAUUCUUCUCAAUGGAAAUGCUCAUCAAGAUGCUGGCUCUGGGAGUCUAUGACUAUGAAGGAAGUUACCUUAGCAACAACUGGAACAAGUUUGAUGUCCUCAUCAUCUCUGGAGAGGUGCUGAAUUACUUUCUAACCUCCCUUGGCAUCCACAUACAAAUCUGUCAUGCACUCAGGCCAAUGCGACUCAUUGGCAGGGUCCAAAGUCUGCGAGACCUGGUGAUUAUACUCCUAGACACUGUGCCGAUGCUUGGAAAUGUUCUCAUCCUCUACAUUUUCGUCAUCCACAUCUUUGGCGUUGUGGGAGUUCAGCUGUGGGCGGGCCAGCUCCUCAACCGCUGCUUCCUCGGAGAAGACAUCCCUAAGAAGUACAAUGUGUCCUUAAGUCCAUAUUUUGCGUCCAAGUAUGGUGAAAAAGGCCCGUUCAUCUGUUCAAGUGAUGGCAAGUACGGGAUGCGGCGCUGCCGUGAUGUGCCACCUUACAGCCAGGACGGGGAAACCUGCUCAUUGACGGUGAAUGAGGCAGUCCCUGCUGCGGCGGGGAUCAGGGUUAACGGCUGCGUAAACUGGAACUUGUACUAUAAUGUCUGCCGUGCCGGCGACCAAAACCCCGACAUGGGAGCUAUCAAUUUUGAUAACAUUGGCUAUGCCUUGAUAGCCAUAUUCCAGGUUGUCACACUGGAGGGAUGGAGGGAGAUCAUGUUCUAUGUUAUGGAUGCUCACUCCUUCUGGAGUUUGGUGUUUUUUGUACUCGUCACCAUUAUGGGCUCCUUCAUCAUGAUGAACGUGUGUGCUGUCGUCAUCGCCACGCAGUUCUCGGAGAACCUGGGAAGGGAGACAGGGAAGCAGCCUGCUGGCGCCAUCACACAGCUCUGUAACAAGUUAACCUCCUGGCUGUGGAGGAUCCUUCAACGAUACAAAAGAUAUCGUGACAAGGUGCACCCCAGUGACAGUGAGAGCAGGAGUACUGCCAUCAUGGGUCAGGCCUGGAUGUCAUUCAAGAGAAAACUUGCGACCAUCGUCAAAAGCAAACUCUUCGACCGAGUGAUCAUGUUUGCUGUUUUCCUCAGCAUUCUCACCAUCGCUGUAGAACACCAUAAACAGCCUGUGGAGUUGACACGUAUGUUGCAGAUCAGUAACAUCAUCUUCACCUUUAUAUUUGUUGUGGAGAUGGCCUUAAAGCAGCUGGCCCUUGCGUGGGCAUACUUCAGGGACCGAAACAACAUCUUUGACUUUAUCAUCGUUAUCAUUAGUUUGUGGGAGAUAAUCGCCAAAGCUGAUGGCAGGCUGUCAGUUCUGCGUGCCUUUCGUCUGCUGCGGUUUGUGCGGCUGGUUCACUUCCUCCCUUACCUGAAGAGACAACUGCUGGUGUUGAAGAGGACGAUGGAGGAAGCAGGCUCGCUCUGCAUGCUACUGCUGUUUGUCAUUUUCGUUUUUAGCGUAAUGGGUAUGCACCUGUUCGGUUGUACGUUUAGCUUCCAGGCGCAGAAGGGACACGAAAUUGCUGACCGGAUGAACUUUGACUCCAUACUGUGGUCCAUGGUCACUGUGUUCCAGAUUCUGACUCAGGAGGACUGGAAUCUGGUGCUGUACAACGCCAUGGCUGCCACCACCCCAUGGGCUGCUUUCUACUUUGUGACUGUCAUUGUGCUAGGAAAACAUGUUAUUCUCAAUGUACUUGUGGGCAUAGUAGUUGAGAGCUUCCAGGCCAGGCGCUCCUCAAGCUCAGAUGACGACUCCACCAGCUCCACUCCAACCAGCUUGACUCCUGAGUGUCACUCUUCAGUGACAGAUAGCAGCAAGACAAAUGGUUUCUCAAGAUGCAUUCUCUCUUGCUUUGGGUCAAGGAGUUCCAUUGUGACUAACUCUACAGAUAACAAAGAGGACAAUAGAUCUUUAAACAUUACCCAGAGAGUGCUGCGCUGGUGCAGGCUCCAUGAAGACUGGUCAUUCUACGUGUUGUCUCCACAGAACAAGUUCCGUAUCUUUUGCCAGCGUGUGAUCUUUCACAAGUUGUUUGACCAUGUAGUUCUGCUUUUCAUCCUCCUGAGCUGUGUCACCAUUGCUAUGGAGAGGCCUGGGAUACACCCUAAGAGCAAGGAACGAUGGAUCCUGGACAUGUCCCGUUAUGUAUUCUCUGCUGUCUUCCUGGUAGAGAUGCUUUUUAAGGUUCUAGCUCUUGGUUUGGCGAUUGGGAAGGACACCUACUGUCGGUCCUCCUGGAAUGUCAUGGAUGGCUCCUUAGUAAUUCUGUCUUUAGUCCACAUCUUUGUCUCUCUGGCCAGUACGGGCAAAGACAACUGGAUGGGUAUCCUGAAAGUUUUACGCCUGCUCCGCACGCUUCGCCCACUGAGGGUGAUCAAGCGAGCCCCGAAAUUGAAGCUGGCUGUGGAAGCUCUGAUCGCCUCGGUCAAACCCAUCGGGAACAUUGUUCUGAUUUGCUGCGCCUUCUUCUUUUUCUUUGGCAUCCUUGGUGUGCAGUUGUUCAAAGGGAAGUUCUACUACUGCGUGGGUCAGGUCAUAACAAACAUAACCAGCAAGACUGACUGUCUGUCGGCCAACAAUCGAUGGGUUCGGAAGGAGUACAACUUUGACAACCUGCCUCAGGCUCUGAUGGCCUUGUUUGUAAUGUACUCUAAGGAUGGCUGGGUCAACAUCAUGUAUGAUGGGCUGGAUGCAGUGGGAGUCGACAAACCGCCAGUGAGGAACCACAACGAAUGGAUGCUUCUGUUCUUCAUUUCCUUCAUGAUUAUGAGCUUCUUUCUCCUCGACAUGUUUAUUGGUGUGAUGGUGGAGACGUUCCACCAGUGUCAGCAGGAGCAGAAAAGAGGAGAUGAAGGAGCGGAGGGAGGAGGAGUCCUGCAACACCAUGGCGGAGAACCUGAGCAGCCAUAUUACACCAACUACUCCCCCAUACGUCGGGCAAUCCAUACCCUGUGUACCAGCAACUUCCUGGACCUCUUCAUGUCUGUCAUAAUUUUCAUCAGCGUCUUGAUGAUGGCUUUCGAACAUUAUAAUCAACCUCCGUACAUAGAGAAGCUCACAGAGUACUCCUACUACAUGUUCACCGCCAUCUUGAUCAUCGAAGUCCUUCUAAAGCUUGUGGCCUUUGGCAUAAUGAGGUUCCUAAAAAUCAGUUGGAAUCUGCUGGACGUCUUUGUAGUCUUUGUUUCCAUCAUAAGUAUCGUUUUCAACGAGAUGAAAAUGGCAGAUGCAAUUCCCAUCAAUCCCAGCAUCCUGAGAGUCUGUAGAGUACUCAGACUAGCACAAGUGCUGAAGGCCAAAAAGAUAAGAGUUCUCCUGAAAACCAUCAUCAAGACACUAUCACAGGUUGGAAAUAUUUGUCUGCUCUUCAUGUUCUUCUUUUUCAUCUAUGCUGCGCUGGGAGUGGAGCUGUUUGGCAAGCUAGAGUGCACAGACGAUCACCCGUGCCUGGGUUUACAUCGACACUCCAACUUCAGGCACUUCGGGAUGGCACUGCUCACACUCUACCAAGUGUGCACCGGAGACAACUGGAGCGGGAUUAUGAAAGACACAUUGAGGGAGUGUCGUCCCGACGGUAAAGGCUGUUUGAGAUACCUGUCCUGGGUCUCUCCAAUCUACUUCACUAGCUUUGUGAUCAUGGCUCAGUUUGUGUUGAUAAACCUGGUGGUGGCAGCGAUCAUGCAAGCUCUGGAGGACAGCAACGAGAACAAGUCUAUUGCCUUCUGUCUCCCCCUGGAGGACAAAGAUGUGCAUGACACUGAGCUGGACCCAGCAUGUGCAGGGGAAAGCGUCAAGCCAAGUUGAGGCCGGGUAAUGCUGAUGGUUUUGUUUUAAGUAGUGAUACAAACUGUGUAAAUAAGAUUGUGUAUAUUUGUAAUUUGACUUGACACUAGCUGUUGUUUUUGUUUUGAUAUAAUCAUUUUCAUCAUUUUUAAUCAUUAUUUAUCUAGUUUUAAAUAUAUAAAAAUUAUAAAUAAGAAUUGUAUAUAUUUGUACAUCUGACAUAAUGCCACCUGUUCCCUUCAGUGGCAGUUUUUGUAUCUCAAUGGAAUAAUUUCCAGUGAUUUUCAUCGGUAAUGAAUGUUAUAUGUAUCAUUUUCUUCUUUUCCCUUUCUUGUUUUUUAUUACUGAUAUACUGUGUGUUGUUCAUUUUGAUUUGCAUGUUGUAAAUUUAUUAGAUGAUUUUACUUGAAUAAAUUGUACAAUCCUGAUUUUA